AAGACGGGCAGAGUAAAGGAAAACCAAGACUUGACGAGGCAAAAUCAAGUUUUUAAAUUUAGUCUUUGUGCCUUCAGCAAUCAUGAAAAAUAAUUUGGACUGGAGAGACAAAGAAACACAAUUCUAGUGCAGAAAGGAUGUACUAGAAAGUGGAUUUUCUUUUUGGUGUCCGUAAGCUUCAACCUUCAAUGUCUUCCCCAUUUUUUGGAUUAAACUUCUUGCUGGACUAAGAAUCAUCAUGAUACAAUGGUGGCCCGAGUGCUAGAGGUGGAAUUUAUAUUUCUUUCAACAAGUUUAUUAGUUUUAGCAACAUGCGCCCUUCAGAUAAAUCACACUGGAGAGGUGGUGUAUCAGGAUGCCAGUGUGUAUGGGGUGGUGGACAAAGCUGUGGUUCUGGAAUGUGGAGCAGUGUUACCUGAUUUAUACAUAUGGAGCUUCACUGAGCCAGGCACAGAUGCCAUCAAAGCGGUGCUCUACGAUUUGGGGAAAGGGCCGAGGAUCCAGAAGCUUGCUAAGAUGGUCGGACCAGUGACAAUCCUCCCAAACACGGCAUCAAUAAGCAUCGAGAAACUGCCUCUGGCUGCACAUGGCUUGUUCACCUGUCAGGCUUUCUAUGACAUUGAAGAUGAGCCUAUAGUUUACUACUACUACGUACAUCUGACUGUCCAAGUUCCUGUCAGUAAGCCGUAUCUCGUGAUGAGUGAAGCUUCUCCAAUUGAAGGAUCUUCAAUAUGGAUGAACUGCAGUGUUGAAAAUGGUUCUGAACCGCUUCAGUACAAGUGGCAACAUGAAACUCUCAAUGAAGACAUUUCUGACUUAUCGCAGAACAGCAGCAUCAUCACUGUGACCAGCAUCAGCAGAAACUACACUGGCUGGUACCACUGUGAAGUCAGCAAUGCUGUCAACAAUGACACCUCUAACCGCUUAUUGAUAAAUGUCACAUACGGUCCGGAUGAACCUCAGAUAGAUGUGACUCCAUUCCAUAUAACAAAGCAUGGAUACUCCGCUCUGGAGAAUGAGACUGUUUCCAUGUACUGUGAAGCCCAGUCCAAUCCAGGCAGCCAGUACAUCUGGUUUUACAAUGAUUCAAAAAUUUCCACAAGACCACUCCUCGCUAUCGACAAGCUCCUCCGAAGCCACACUGGCAACUACACCUGCGUGGCCCAGAACUCCCACCUCCACACCCAGUCCAGUAAAACCCUCAGCCUGACUGUUUACUACCCUCCAGAUGGCUCCCCCAUGUGCUCUGUGGAGUCUGCACUCAACCACACUGCUCUCAGGCUCCUCUGCUCCUGGCUCGGAGGAUUUCCCUCCCUGUCCCUCAACUGGACCGGAGACCCAAUACAGGCAGGCCAAAAACAAGUCGACACAGGGCAACAACAACCUCGUCUAACUACCAACGUCAUGAUGCUCCCGUCCGAGACGCUGAAUCGUAACAGCAGCGUGUUCACGUGCGUCGGCUCCCAUCCUGCUCUCCAACAACCUACACAGUGCAGCGCGCGUAGCUAUAUCCCUCCUUCAGAGCCGCUGUGUUUCACCAACGUGACCAAUGAUAGGCAGUAUCUGAUGCUGUCCUGUGCCUGGAAUGGAGGGCUACCCAAAGCACUGGUGUGGUGGGAAGGACCAGGAAACCAAAGCAAGGAUGGACAAGAAAACUCAAACAUCCUGCUCCUUCCUUAUGGGACAGCCCACAGUGGGAAACCCUACACCUGCUAUGCCAAACACCCACUCCUGACUGCAGCAAAGACCUGCAGAAUCACACUGGUCUCUGUCAGUAAGCCGAUCCUCCUGACGAGCAACGCAUCCCCAAAGGAAGGAUCUUCUAUCUGGAUGCACUGCAACAUUGGGAAUGGGACUGAGCCAAUACAUUACGUGUGGCAGCAUCAACUGUAUAAUGAAAACUUCACAACGUUUGCACAGGGCAGCACCAGCUUCAUUAAUAUCACAGACAUUGUCCGUAACCAGACUGGCUGGUACCGCUGCGCUGCAGGAAACGCCGUCAACAGAGAGAGCUCAGAAAGGUUAUGGCUCAACGUCACAUUUGGUCCAGAUGUUCCUCAGAUAGACGUGGCUCCAACCAGUGUUGUACAGCGGGGCUACACCGCGCUAGAGAAUGAGACGGUUUCACUGACAUGCCGAGUCCAGUCCAAUCCAGCCGGUCACUACGUCUGGUUCCACAAUGACUCUGAAGUGUAUUCUGGACCGCAACUCGUCAUCACAAAGAUCCACCGUCUGCACACUGGUGACUACACCUGUGUGGGACAAAACUCCUACCUGAACACGCAGUCCAGGAAAACCAUCACCCUGACAGUUUACUAUCCACCUGACGGCUCCCCCCUCUGCUCCGUGCAGCCGGUUCUGAAUCACACCUCACUGAACCUGCUCUGUGUCUGGCCCGGUGGACUCCCCUCCCCGUCCCUUCACUGGACUGGAGACCUGAUCCCUGCAGGACAAGUAAAUCCAUUGGGCGCAGACGUUUUGCUGCCCUCUGGAGGUUUAACUGCUAACAGCAGCUUGUUUACCUGUCACGGCUCUCAUGCUGCUCUAAAGCAACAGAUGAAUUGCAGCACUGUCACAUAUAUCCCCUUUGCAGAGCCUGUGUGUUUCGCCAAUGUGACGGAUGACAAACAGUUUCUGGUGCUGUCCUGCUCCUGGGGUGGAGGGCUCCCAAAGGCGUUGCUGUGGUGGAAAGGUCCAGGUGGUCAGGGCAAAAACGGAGAAGAGAGCUCCAACGUUCUGAUUGUUCGUUACAGCACCUUUCAGUUUGGGAAGGCCUACGUGUGCUCUGCUAAACACCCGCUUGUGAAUCAAACGAAAACCUGUGGACUUACACUGGUCCCUGUUAGUAAACCAUCUGUCCUGAUAAGAGACACGCUCCCAGUGGAAGGAGCGACGGUAAAGAUGCAUUGCAAUGUGGAAAAUGGGACUGAGCCCAUUCAGUAUGUGUGGCAGCGUGAAAUUGAAAGAGGCAGCAUCACAACAUUUGCUCAGGGCAGCAACAGCAGCAAUAUCACCAUGAGCAACGUCAACCGGAGCCACACUGGCCGGUACCGCUGUGUAGGCAGCAACUUCCUCAACACUGAAAACUCUGACUGGGUGUUUUUGGACAUUAUCUUCGGCCCAGAUGUUCCUCAGAUUGAAGGGACUUCAUACAGUGUAACAGAUCGAGGAUUCUCAGCUCUGGAAACUGAGCCGGUUUCUUUAUCAUGUCAAGCCCAGUCCAAUCCAGCCAGUCAGUACAUCUGGUUCUACAACAACUCCCAGGUGUUCACUGGGCCACAGUACACCAUUGCCAAGGUCCUCCGUGUGCACACUGGUGACUACACCUGCUUGGCGCAAAACUCCCACCUGAACACGCGCUCCAGGAAAACCGUCGGCCUUAUUGUCUACUGUGAGUGCGACCUCUGA